CUAUCACAUUUAAUUAUUCAGAUUACAAACAAAAAAAAGCAGAGAAAAAACCCUGAAGAAGAUCGAAUAGGUAAGAUGGAGCAACUUUGGAGAGAUGAUGAUUGGAUUGUGGACGAGUCUUCCUUGACGAAGGUCUCCUCUCUUGGCCGAGGCAGCUUCGGUCGCGUCUCUCUCGAGAAGGACUCUAACUCCGGUCGACUAUACGCAAAGAAGUCAUCGUCGAUGCAUCUCCAAAAGAUUCUCGAGAAGGAGCUCAGGAUCAUGCAUCGUUUCCGCAAUCAUCCUCGCAUCGUCCAAGCUUCAAACAAGCUUCACUUUCAAACCAAACCCUAUGAAUAUUGCAGCAUCUAUAUGGAGUACGGCUCCAAAGGUAAUCUCUAUAAGAUUUUAUCUGGUUUCCCCGACGAAUCACAGCCCAUACCGGAGUCUUUGGUCAGUCGGGCGGCUCGUAUGAUCCUAGAAGGACUCGUGGCUCUUCACUCCGAUGGUUACGUUCACUGCGACCUCAAGCCAUCCAACGUUCUCGUCUUCCCUUCCACAACUCCUGGAGAGCCGUGGGAUCUCAAGCUUGCUGAUUUCGGAUCAUCCAAGGAACCUGAUUCUGAAUAUGAUUCUAUGUCCCUUGGUACGGCUCAGUACAUACCAUCAGAGGCUUUUGGGCCAAACGGACUGAUCAAGCCGGGCCAUAUCGAUCCGGGACUUGAUAUAUAUGCUCUAGGGUGUGUGGUUUUUGAGAUGUUUGGAGCUGUACCUGAGCAGGAGUACUUUGAAGAAUAUUACGAUUGGAUAUUGCAUCGAGAAAUCUCCCCGGAGGCUCAAGAUUUCUUGACGCUGUGCCGUGACAUGCAUCCACACAGGCCCACCGCGACACAGCUCUUGAACCAUUCUUUCAUUACGCAGAGACUUCCAUCGCCAACCACAGCUAGGUCGUUGAUUACAAGUGUCGCCAAGCUUCUUUUGACCUGAUCUUCUUUUUCCUCUCUAUCUCUCUUUGUGUAAUAAACUGAUCUAGAAAAC